GCGUGCGGUCUCCAGGCAACCAGCGUCCAGUCCAGAAAAAACAUCCGGAACGUUCCGUAGUCGUCCGAACGUGGACAACACUUGUUUACUUGCCGUCAACAUGAUGACCAACUCGCUUUCUUUCUCGGCGGACCACGAACGUCUGAGGCUCAGAGUGGAGAAGAAGACGAGAAACAUUUUUAUUACGCAGCCCGAUGACUGCAGGAAAAGGGAGGAGAAUGUCAAUUACAUACCAGUUGUAACUGAGGCUCCAAGCAGAAUCCUGAAGGUUGGUGUGAACACCUUACAAAAGACUCUGGUUUUGAAGAAACAAGCCGAGCUGGAUGAGGUGAACAACCUUCUUGAACUCAAAAGAGACGAAUUUCAACGAAAUGUGGAGGAGCUGGCUCAAAGAAGGACUGAGCUGGAAAGAAAACAUCAGGAGACAAAAGAGAAAGCAUUGAAGUUUGAAAGGUUUGUGAGUGACAAUGAAACGAGGCGCAGUCAAGCUGUGCAGCAGUACAAAGCGAUGCAGGAGCACAACCUGAUGAAGCAGCACGAGUUGGAGGAGCUGACAAAACAGCUGCAACAACUUCGAGCCAGGAGGCACGUUUUAAAGGAGAGGCUUUCAAAAUCCAAAAUCUAUGAGGAUUUUUUGAUGAAAACAUUGGAUUACCUCCCAAACAGUGACCUUGAGACUGACACCGAAUGUGCGGUUAUGCCCAUCAUCCGGCGCUAUGAGACCCUGUGCUUUACCCAUCAGCAGCUGCUAUGGCGUUUGGGCCGUGUGGAGGAGGAGGUGGAGCAGGGCAGGCGGCAAUUGCUUGCCAUGAAGCAAGGACACAGCAUGCACAAAUUGAUGGCCAGUAAGGAACUUUAUGAACUUCAAAGGGAGUUGGAGAGCCUUAAAGAGAAGAACAAGCAGGCAGAAGACAAACUGCUGAAGGAGCAAGGACAGUCCAGGAAGCAGGCUGAAGAAGUGGGAAGCUUAAUCAUGGCCAUCGGCAACCUUGCAGAACAGUGUUAUCUGCCAGCGUAUGGAACCCUGGAGAACAUGAGCGCUUCCUUAAUGAUGGACAUGGUAAAGGAGCACCUCGUGGACAAGGCGGAUACAGAGAAGAGAGCGAGGAGACUGAUGGAGUAUGAUUCCCAAACGACAAGUAAAACAGCUUUGACGGACAUGAGAGCAAAGGCAUCCAUGAGCAGCUUUGGCAGUAAAACUCAACUCAAAAGUCGGAGUAAAGUCAGUAGGACGAGCAAUCUAUCUAGCUGAUUAAAAAAAAAACUGUAACGAUCGAAAAGCUUCACUUGCAAAAUUGAACUGCUGAUGAAGCAAAAGCUGUGAUAAAUGUGGUGUCCAAUACUAUUUAGUAACUACUGUGAAAAUGUGGCGGCACGGUGACCGACUAAUUAGCACAUCUGCCUCACAGUUCUGAUGAGCCGGGUUCAAAUCCGGCCUUCCUUGUGUGGAGUUUGCAUGUUCUACCCGUGCCUGGGUGGGUUUUCGUGUGGAGGUGAGCCCAACUAUAUGUAGUUGGAACUUCUCAACCUCACACACCAGCUCGGGCGCCUUCCCUGCCCGGGAGAUGACAUUCCACGUCACUAGAGCCAGCUUCUGUAGCCGGGGAUCGGACCGCCGAGGUCCCCGCUUUCGGCCACCAACCAGCUCACUAGGAACCCAAACCUUUUCGCCCCUCCCGCAGGUGGUGAGCUCAUGGGAAGGGAAACCCACAUUGCUUCUUCGGGCUGUGCCCGGGCGGGCCCCAUGGGUGUAGGCCCAGCCACCAGGCGCUCGCCUUCGAACUCCACCUCCAGGCCUGGCUCCAGAGGGGGGCCCUGUUGACCCGCGUCCGGGCAAGGAAAACAUAGGGCCAUUUAUUUUAAUCACCAUUAGAGGUAAUUUGAGCCUUGCUUUGUCUGGACCCUCACAGUCCGUUCCUCUUUAUCAUACUGAGAAUGUCAUUAUUACUAAAGUUCCUGUCCCUGUUUUCCCUACAACCUUGCUUGCACUGGUACCUGCCCACUAUUAUCUAGCACACAGCACUGACUAAAAGCAGCGUGAGGAAAAGAACAUGAAGGGUGGACAUAAGAAAGUUUUUUCAACAAAGUAAGUCAUCAUCACUGCUGGCAGUAACAAUUAGUUAGUUCUGGCCCCCAGCAGAAAGUCCCAGCUGCUACUAACGAACUUGUCAAUUAGCCUGAAAUGCAUUGUGAAGCUUAAUUCUGGCUGUUUACAUAAAGAUGAAGGAGGGUAUCGUGAACUUUGUGUAUGAAUUCACACUAUGAAACAGGAGCUGAGCUCAUUCACUUCUAGUUGCAUGGAUAUUCAUAAAAAUAGACUAUUGAACUUUAGUAAUCACGACGGAUGAGUAGAGUGACUAACAAGGGAGCGACAUCUACCAGAAAUGAGUCGAAAGGAUUUCACAGAAUAAAGCCGCUUGUGAUGGAGUCUAGGAAUCAUCUGCAACUCAAUAUGGAUAUGAACUAUGAAACAUUUCAGUCAAGGUACAUCAUAUAAGACUCGUCUAACAUGAAAUUUUAUUUAGGAGUAAUGAUUAUAAAGUGGAGUGAGCCAAGAGAUAAAUAGAAC